AAGGUAUGUAUAUUUUUUAGACAUAAUGCUAUUGUACACUUAAUAGAAUACAGUAUAGUAUAAACCUAACCUUAUGUGUACUGGGAAACCAAAAACUUAUUGUGACUAAUUUUAUUGCGAUGUUUGCUUUACUGUGGUGGUCUGGAACUGAACCCACAAUAGUUCUCACAUAUGCCUGUAUCCAGUUUACUUAAAGAUUCUAAAUAAAACCAUACUGCUUUUAUUUGAAAGAGAGAGCUAGAAAAAAGAAAAGGAUAUUUUACACCUGCAUGCCUAGAAUCUGCUGAAUAUUUGUGUUGCCAGCUGGACAAAACUCUUAUCUAUCUGCAGAAUUUUGCAUUUUAAGUUUUACCCCCUUCUCAAUUAUUCUAGAAACAGAAACAGCUGCAGUGGACAACCAACCACUUACCACAAGAACGUAAGCUUGGCAUGGUUCAGGUCUAUUAGAAAACAGAACCAAAGGGAGCUAAGUCUAUAAUUUGAUGCUGUUUCUCCGACAUACAAUAUAGCAUCUUACUCCAAAUCUCUUUGUUCCCUUAAUAGGAACACACGUGCCUUGUGCUUUCUAUAUUCCAGAAGACUUUUCAGUUUUCAGAAACAACAGAUUACUCAUUGAUUACACUGUAGUGAAAGGCCAAUCAUGGCCCCUGAGAUAAGGGCUCACCUCUGUCCCAAGCCCUCACACUGGCCUCCACCCUCAGCCAUCUCCUUUGCAAAUGUGGAAGAGAACCUACAUUUCACCUAGCAAGGUUAAAACCAAAGGGUGCACUGUCAGCCCCCAGAGGAGACGGAGCAAAGAAAGAAUGUGAACCUACCACCAGAGUUGCUUUGACAUCCAGAGCAAGACCCAUUACAAAUGAUGGAAGGAGGGGAGGUUGUGAUUACUAUCUCAUUCCAACUAGGAUCUCUGCACGUUCUGGGGUUGAACAAUAACCACCUAUUAUGGAAGCAUGCGGAAUGAUCCUUCACUUUGCUCCACCCUCCUCAGAAAUGUGCCAAAACUCUUAGAAACCUCACUUGGAAUGAAUGACUUGAUAACAUCAAGUAGUAAGAACCGAUGAGGCUGAAAAGCUUGUCAGCUGCACUUUUAAACCUCAUCAGACGUAUUUCAUGGGGUCAAAUGACAACAUACGUAGAUUCUUCUGACAAUAUGUCUAGGGCAUGCGCUAAUAUUACGUAAGAAAAAUCUAUUUUUGUCAUCAGCUAUAUGGAUGUUCCGGUGUCUAAAGAAACAGCCUACAUGAAGUUAACAAAGAAUGAUAGCGCGAAACACAGUCACGCUAUGUCUGUGGAAUUUUGGCCACACAGUGGACAUGACUGUCAACUGUCUCAAGCAGCCUACAAUCCCAUCGGUACUGGGCUUGGUGAUCCCCACAGAGACCCUACCUCUGUGCCCUCUUAGUGUCUCCUGGGCCCCAGACAGUGAGGCAGGCACUUACAGUCUCAAGUGCUAUUAUUUGGCAAAGAGGAAGCUAUGGGAGUGCAAGAAGGCACAGAAGAGGUCUUCAUUUUACUAUAUAAAGGUGAAGCAGAAGUCACUCAUUAAAAUCCUGCAAUCUGGAUUUAUAAAGAUGUGGUAUAUUAUGGUCAACACUGCAAAUGUUCUUAUUACCCUUCGCAGAUCUACCUUAUUAUUUUAUGAUAUUUAAGAAUUUGGAAAUAAGCUUAUUUUCCUUUGAUUUUAAAAGGAUUUUAAAUAAUUCUGUGUUAGACUCCAAGAAAACCACAUUUUACACAUACCACAUUUUACAUACACCAAAACUCCUAAUUCUGAAUAUUCUUAAUACCCAUCCUCUGCCUGGCCCUCCCAGCAUAGCCAUUAUCAACAGACAAGAUCUUGAGUUUCUCCGCAAAGACCUAGACCCAUGCUGCCCAAGCCAGUAGCCACCCACCAAGUGAGGCUACAGAGUGCUUGAAAUGAGGCUAGUUCAAACUGAGAUGUGUUGUAUGUAUAAAACACACACAGAUUUUGAGGACCUAGUAUCAAAAUUAAUGUCAAAAACUUCAAUGAUUUUCUUAUAUUGACUUUGUAUUAAAUAAUAUUUUUGAUACAUUAGGUUACAUCAUUCAAAUCAAUGUCAUCUGUAUCUUUUUACUUAUUAAAAGUUGCUCCCCAAAAUUUCUACCUGGCUCAAUUCUGCGAGACAGAACUGCUCUGGACAACAAACUAUCUUCUCUUUUAAAGAAAUUGGGACCAUCUUUUGUGUUCCUAAUUUCGGUUAUUUACAAAAGGAAUCAUCUUCCCUGUCCAGCUGCUGAGAUACUGUUUAAUAACUGUCAUCUUCUUCUUUCAAAAUCAUUCCAGUUUUUAACUAAUCCCAGUCCCCUAUUCUCUUUCUCUGAGUGGCAUUUGAGAGCAAAAAUUAUUAAUAUUACCUAAAUCAUAACUGACUGUUACCUUGGUAAUGAGAAACAGAAUCCAAAGUGUUUUUUGUUUUGUUUUGUUUUGUUUUUAAAAAAAGGACAACAGCAUCGUACAUGUCAAAAACAUGGGAAAGUGUCCCGGCUUUCUUCCUGGUCAACAUUUCCUCUAAAAUCUCCAUUUACUUCCUCAUUCUCCUCUGAUUAAACAAGCUUCUCCUCUAAUGUUAACAAUCCUCCAUGAAACUAUUCGUUUUCAAUUUUACUUCCCCAAGUAUGCAAGUAUUGGGGCCACAUCGACAAAUAGAACUUCCUAGGAAAAUGCACUCAAAAUUCCCGAAAAACAGACCUACUGUAAAACAACUCAUUAUAAAUUGAUAAUAUAUUGUUAUGCAAACAACAGAUACACUGAAGUGAGGUGCUAAAGAAUGAGAGCAGGCAUAAUCUGGUAGAUUAAAGUGGUACAUUCUGGAAAGCUGUGUUUUGUAUUUAUACAUUUGAUGAAAGAAUGGGAUAAGCAAAGUUAUAUUUCCAAGAAAGUUUUGCAAGGCCUUACCACCUCAAAGAAGAGGUAGGGCAGGAAAGGAGGAAAUGGGCAGAAAAUGAGGGAGGGGAAUAAGAAGUAUGGCUUAUUUUUCCAAAUAGCACUAAUUCUUCGUUAUCUGACUAGAUCAGAGGAUUGGGUAACAAUGUGAGGUCAAUGCUUGUAAUGCCAUUUAAGUCACAUUCAUCACUUCAGGGCAUGGUUAUGUGCGAAUCUAGAAUCAGAAUGAGGCAUCAAGCUCAUUUAGAAGUUUAAUAAAUUUAAUUUUAAUGAGACAUCUUGUUGGGUAUUAAAAUUCAUGAGACUCCCAGAACAGGUUCUCUGGACCUUUAUUAGAGGGUAAGAAAUUUAUUUGACAAUUUAGCUUCUUGACCACCGGAGUAGGAAAAUUCAUGUCUACAAACUAUACCUAUGUAUCCCAGAAGCUUUCUGACAUUGAGUCAUUUCAAAUUUAGUAGCUGCAUACACCGUUGGCUCCAAUUAGUGACCUCUACGGGGAUUUUUUUUCCUUUGGAAUUUAUCAGUUUAUACCUGUGUGUUCAUAAAAUGAAGAGAAUGGUUUCUGUGUGCCUUUUUAAAACAAAACACUGCUAGUGAAUUACCCAGCAAUAUGAUGAGCAGAAACAAGGUCACAUUCACAAUUUAAGAUGAGCUCAACAUCAUUUAUAUUUAGAACGGGAUCAAUCUAGAAUCGGUUGUCAGCUUGGCUUCUUAUUAGCUGUGUGACCUUGGGCAAGUAGCUUUACCUCUCUGAGCUUCAGGGUUUUUUCUUUUUUUUAAUUACUGAAAUGCAAAUACUUCCUCCUAACUUGCAGAGUUUUGAAAUGAAGGAAUGAUAUACGUAAACAAGCAGGUCAGCUGUCUACACAGAGUAUGCAGACAUGUUUAUAGAUAUAUGAAGCCUCCUGGUGAUUAUGUGUCAUAGUGUUGUGUUGAGGCUUUGGGCAGAGCUCAGCAUAGUUCUGUCUUGAGUUAAAAACAGGGUUUUAUUCUUUGAAUUCUACUUGAAUUCCUCUUGGCUGGUGAAGUUCAUAUGUGCUAUGACUGACUACCUUAAUACACUGCCAAGUGUUUCUUAAUGCCUCGGAUUGAUAGAGCAGCGGUUCUCAAACGUUCACGCACUUGUUAAAAUCAGAUUCUGAUUGGGCAGGGGUAGGGUGGGGCCCCAACUUCUACAUUUACAAGUGGCCCCCAGGUGAUGUCCCUGGUGCUGGUCACCCUAGGCAGCCAGACCACUUGACAGACCUUCUGUGCCUCUACGCUGCUGACGGCGCGGGAUAAUUCCUUAUGGUUGCACAGGGCACUCCUGUGCACUGCGGGAAGUUUAGCAGUAUCGCUGGUCUAGACCCCACUAGAUGCCAAUGACCCCAUCACUCCACGCCAGCUGCGACAGCCAAAAUGUCUCCUGACAUCGCCAUUGCCAGAUGCCCUCAGGGCGGCAAAACCGCCAGGUGGAGAACCGCUACCAUGUAGGAUGCUACCAUCAAGGUGCGCCCACAGCAGCAACCUUGGAGCAGGCAGGAAGAGCCAGAUGCCCUUGGUUUGACUCUGCUAAGAGACCCUCAGUUGCUGAACCUGCACACAGUCAUCUCAGUAAGUUAAGAUCUUCCUGAGGACAAUGGCGCAAGAUCAUCUUCAGCUGUUCAUAGCAAAGAUGAAGAUCCCUUUCCUCCUACUGUUCUUUCUCUGGGAAGCCCAGAGCCACACAGCAUCAAGGCCGAACAUCAUCCUGGUGAUGGCUGAUGACCUCGGCAUUGGAGAUCCUGGGUGCUAUGGAAACAAAACUCUCAGGACUCCCAAUAUCGACCGGUUGGCCAGUGGGGGAGUGAAACUCACUCAGCACCUGGCAGCAUCACCCCUGUGCACACCAAGCAGGGCAGCCUUCAUGACUGGCCGGUACCCUGUCCGAUCAGGAAUGGCAUCUUGGUCCCGCACUGGAGUUUUCCUCUUCACAGCCUCUUCGGGAGGACUUCCCACCAAUGAGAUUACCUUUGCUAAACUUCUGAAGGAUCAAGGUUAUUCAACAGCACUGAUAGGGAAAUGGCACCUUGGAAUGAGCUGUCACAGCAAGACUGACUUCUGUCACCACCCUUUACAUCACGGCUUCAAUUAUUUCUAUGGGAUCUCCUUGACCAAUCUGAGAGACUGCAAGCCCGGAGAGGGCAGCGUCUUCACCACAGGCUUCAAGAGGCUGGUCUUCAUCCCCCUGCAGAUCAUCGGGGUCACCCUCCUUACCUUUGCUGCACUCAAUUGUCUGGGGCUACUCCGCGUGCCUCUAGGCAUUUUUUUCAGCCUUCUCUUCCUAGCAGCCCUAAUCCUGACCCUUUUCUUGGGCUUCCUUCAUUACUUCCGGCCCCUGAACUGCUUCAUGAUGAGGAACUAUGAGAUCAUUCAACAGCCCAUGUCCUACGACAAUCUCACACAGAGGCUAACGGUGGAGGCGGCCCAGUUCAUACAGCGGAACACUGAGACUCCAUUCCUGCUUGUCUUGUCCUACCUCCAUGUGCACACGGCCCUUUUCUCCAGCAAGGAUUUUGCCGGCAAAAGUAAACACGGAGUCUACGGGGAUGCUGUUGAGGAAAUGGACUGGAGUGUGGGGCAGAUCUUGAACCUUCUAGAUGAGCUGAGAUUGGCUAAUGAUACCCUCAUCUACUUCACAUCGGACCAGGGAGCACAUGUAGAAGAAGUGUCUUCCAAAGGAGAAAUUCAUGGCGGAAGUAAUGGGAUCUAUAAAGGAGGAAAAGCAAACAACUGGGAAGGAGGUAUCCGGGUUCCAGGCAUCCUUCGUUGGCCCAGGGUGAUACAGGCUGGCCAGAAGAUUGAUGAGCCCACUAGCAACAUGGACAUAUUUCCUACAGUAGCCAAGCUGGCUGGAGCACCCUUGCCUGAGGACAGGAUCAUUGAUGGACGUGAUCUGAUGCCCCUGCUUGAAGGAAAAAGCCAACACUCCGAUCAUGAGUUUCUCUUCCAUUACUGCAACGCCUACUUAAAUGCUGUGCGCUGGCACCCUCAGAACAGCACAUCCAUCUGGAAGGCCUUUUUCUUCACCCCCAACUUCAACCCCGUGGGUUCCAACGGAUGCUUUGCCACACAUGUGUGCUUCUGUUUCGGGAGUUACGUCACUCAUCACGACCCACCUUUACUCUUUGAUAUUUCCAAAGAUCCAAGAGAGAGAAACCCAUUAACUCCAGCAACCGAGCCCCGGUUUUAUGAAAUCCUCAAAGUCAUACAGGAAGCUGCGGACAGACACACCCAGACCCUGCCAGAGGUGCCCAACCAGUUUUCAUGGGACAACUUUCUUUGGAAGCCCUGGCUUCAGCUGUGCUGUCCUUCCUCCGGCCUGUCUUGCCAGUGCGACAGAGAAAAACAGGAUAAGAGACUGAGCCACUAGCUGUGCCUGGGGACCAGACAGAUGCAUGUGGCAAAGCUCACCAUCUUCAUUACAAACACAUGCCUGAGAGUGGCGUUGGGGAAACAUAACUCCAUCUACACCUUGGAUUUGAACUGAUUCUCUAUUUUAUCACCUGAAAGCUUGGGCCAGAGCUCAACAGCUACUCAACUGAAGGGGUGAAGGGGAUGAGGUCUGUAGUGUACAGAGAGGAAGAUGGUAGGUUUAUGCCUUCUGUGGCCAGUCUUGGACUCAUGGAAAUAGAAUGAAUAGAGGGGCAUUCACAAGGCACACCAGUGCAAGCAGAUGACAAAAAGGUGCCGAAGGCAAUCUUAGAACAGAAAGGUGCAGGAGGUACCUUAACUCACCCCUAAGCAAGUAUCUAUGUCAACAGUUGAAGUUACCAUUUACUCUAGAAUCUGAAGUGAUGCAAUAACCAGCAUAAUAAAAAGGCAGUCACAUAAAAAAGAGUUUAGCCAUCUAAACGUAAGUAACUUUAAGAUGAAUGAAAGAUCUUCUUUAGGAAUAAUAGAUGAUGGUAAGUUCCACUUUGCUUAUUGGAAGGCAAGUCAUUAUUACUGGCAUUCGUUAAAACACGUAUCAAAUGCUUUUCAUCACAUAUAUAGUUAUACACACACACACACACACACACACACACACACACAGUAUAUUCUUUCCUCAAGAGGGUUAAGAUGUCUAAAAUAGGGACCUAGAAGCUUAUCACUAUUUAAGUAAAUACAGUAGAAGCUCACAAAUAGAUUUCUUUGCACAAUGAUUUUUUGUAAAAUUUUAUAGUAAUAAUCCCAAGGCAAAUCUCUUCUAAACUGAUUUCCAUUCCAUAAUUUGUAGUAUAAUUCUUGGAUUACACUGUUUUCUUCGGGGAAUGGAAGUUCUGAAUUAAAAGCCCACUGUGGAGAUGCUAUGGUUCAGGGAAUCUCUUCCAAUGUAAUUCAGAAUCAUUGACCUAGAAAGUCUCUGAUAUUUGGAGGGGAACAAAAAUCACUCACAAGCAAUCCAUGUUCUAUACACAUAAGCAUAAUUUCCUUUAGUUCUAGGCAGAAGUUAGUCAUCAGAGAACAGUCAUGUAUGCAAGUUUUGUGGCUGAGAAAUUUCUGUGCUUCCGAUCCACAAUGAGAUGCAUGAUUUUGUUUUCAUCCCAUUUUCCCCAAGCCCCUGUAAAUCAGGGAAGAUGCACAACUGAUCGCCUGGGAGAGGGCCUGAUAGUGGUACAGCUGGAGAUAGUUUCAAAGUCUAAACCACCAGCCCAUCCCGAGGAAAGGCUCCUAUGGAAUGUAAAGUGCAAUCAUUUCUUCAGAUAUAAGACUUUCCCCAACAAUGUGAUUAGAUUCCUUUAUGGCAAAAUCGAGAGAAGCUGCCAUCCACCUGCUUACACAUUCAUCUCUUUUGUGGACUUGUCUGACCACCUUCUGUUUCCCCAGAGUUUGCUCAAUUCCAAGACAGUGCCCAUGGAUGGAACACCUGUAACCCACACAGCGGUUUGCAGAGAAUGUUAGCCAUGACUUGGGCUUUCUGAAAGUUGGCUAUAAUUUCUCUAUCCCUACCCACAACUCUGGGAAGUUGGAGCAAGAAGGGCAUACUAUUGGGCUGGGAGGAUUCAACAACAUUUCCCCAGUUGCCCUUUCAUUUCUUCUAUUUCAGAUGUUGAUUUUGCUUCUCUUCUAAACAAAAAAAAAACAAAAAAACAAAAACAAAAACAAAAAAAAAGAGAAAAAAAAGAAAGAAGUGAUUCCUACCCCCUAACUCCAGAAUUGUUGAAAGCUGAAAAGCAUACAGGAUUCUUCCUUUUAACGUGGAUUCCCCAUUCCAGAAAUUGUGGGAGAAUAUGUCUUCUUGCUUUAGAAAACAUUCUUAUUAGAGAGGGUACUAGCUUACUGAUGAUGUGUUAGGAUUGCUGCUGAUACUGUCAUGUGAAAACACUUAAAGGCACUAUUAUAAACUUAUCCUAUAAGAUAACAAUGUUUACUCAAAGUCUAACAUAUUCAAUGCAAGUAAGACUUUCUGAAAACACUUGAUGAUGUGGGGAUGCUGCAGGAUUAAAUAACUUGAAGAGCCUUUAUAGAUUAUAUGAAUGCCUAUUUGUGUCUAGAACUAGUUAUUUAACCUGUAAAAUGUCAACAGCAAAUGAAGGAUGAAGUAUAUCUCUAGAUGCAAAUAUAUUGAGUUUAAAAGUGCCUCAAAAUAAUUGAGAUCACAUUUCAGGACAUUUGGAAAUCAGGUUGAUUUGUGGUAACCAUAAUCAUCUUAAAUUUCAAACCAUUUACCAUCUGAAAGUUUUGAUUUGAAUGUAUAACAGGAAAUUGGAAUUCUUUUGUCCAGGAGAAACCUCACAAACCUUCUUUAAGGCAUAGUUUUGUUGUUUGUUUGUUUGUUGCAGAGCUGUAAGGCAUGGCUGCUUGUUUACAAAGCAUCUCCUUCAUAUUCCCUCUGGAGUUGUAUAUCCAAACCUUAGUGGGUUUUGAAACUUUAAGCAAAUUCUUUUAAAAAAUUAUUAUAUUUCUAGCAUUACUAGAUAUUAAAAGUUAAGCAAAUAGAUUAAUGAUGUAUACAUUGGCAUCAUUUCACAAGAUCAAGAAUGCUGCAUGAAAAGCAAAAUUGCAAUCUACGUAUCUAUGGUACUAAAGAAGUCCUGUUUUUCAAAAAUGGAAGCCCACUUCUCAGAUUUUUCUGGAGGGCAUACAAUGAAAAGUGGAGGAGAAAAACACACACACAAAAACAAGUAUUUGACUUGUCACAGGAAUCUGAUUGCAUUAAGUGGAAGGAUUAUUUACAAUAUGUUAAUGCAAAGUUAAAAUUUUUCCUUGGCAAUUAAAAAUGCUGUGCGCUAAUACCCUGCUUUAUAAUGUGACUCAAUUCAGCAAUGUGGGGAAUGUUUACUACAUUUCCAGCUUCAUGUCAAGCAAUGGGGAAUACAAGUUCCAGUUCUGCAAAGAUUCAUCAACUUUCUUAGCUCAAGAGAGAGGCUGAGACAUGCAGACAGGAAUAAGACAUAAAAUAGCUCUGACCUCUAUGAUCCAAGAGUGGGAAAAGGCUAGAUUAUUACCCAUCAGGCAUACUCUCUAAGGCCUUUUUAGGAGCCUACAAAAAUGUUUUAAUUUCUUUUAUAAUCAGAAGAAAAGAAAGUGAACAUUGGGGAUUGGAAAUGAUAUUGGCAUUUGCACCAACAUAGUCAUAAAACAGUACGUUAAUAUGUUUUUACUAUAUAUAUAUUAUAUAGUACAAUCUAUUUAAUAUGUUUUGCCUUUGUGACCCAUGAAAGUCUUACUGGGCCCUGGGGAAGGCAUCCUACCCUGGUGAAGCAGCUGCUUUGCUCUACAAAUACCUGAGGCAGAAAUUUGAUUUGAAAAAUAUUAUUCUCUCUUCUCUUUGUUUCAACCGGAUUCCUUAGGAAAACCAAACCAGUGUCAGAACAAACCCCUGAAGCAGUAAGAAGCUGGAGUGAGAAGGGCAUGGUAUUGGGACUAGGAUUGGCUCUCAUGCGACUGAGCUAUUCUCAUAAAACGACAAAAAGUGUCCAUAGAGAGUCUGCUGGCAAGCACGUGGCCAUGGGGAGCCGACAUGCCCGGGAGGAAAGGUGUUGAUUACAUGGAGACUUCUUCUAAAAGCUAAAGACUUCUUACCUUCUCUUUAGUGCCUAGAGAAUGUGAUGUGUGAUGCAAAUGCUCAAAACCUCUUAAAUUGUAGCUGUCUGACCUCUAUGGACCUCACAUCCAUCCCAGGCUUCAUGGACAAAGAUUCUACACUUGGCCACACUUUAGCCAAGCUCCUCAACCUUCUCCCAGGCCCAAUCUGGGCACUUCCUUGUAAAAUCCAGUUUUGGCAAGAAGUCUGUUAAGUCAGUUUAGCAAGAACACCUAACCCCCCCAUAUCUGUUCAACCUCAGUAUCUGAUCAGGCUCCUCAGCCUCCACCAUACCCCAGGUGAUGUCUGGUCACCUGGCCUGCCUUCAGCUAGAAUCCUGUUAGGUCAGUUUAGCUGAAUGCUCCCUGAUAUUUCCUGUUGGUUAUCUUCCAUCCACUGUCCCUCACCAUGUUCCCUGUCUAUAAAUCCCCACUUUUCCAUGUUGUAUUCAGAACUGAGCCCAGUCUCUCUCGCCUACUACAAGUCCCCAUUGCUGUGGUCCCUGUAACCAUCACGAUGGUCCUGAAUAAAGUCUUGCUUACUGUGCUUGAAUAGGUAGCAUUGAAGAAUUUUUUUCUUUGACAUCAUCCAUGACAACAUGAAACCUAUUGGGACAGCAUGACUGUGCAGGGUCUUCAGAGCUCAGCUUUCUGAGGCCCUCAGCAUUCUUGCUUUUCCGACACCGUGAACCUGUUCCUGUUCUGUGUUGCAAGAGAUCACUCAAGCCAGUGUUACUUAAUACCAUCUCUUUGUGUAAUAGAUCUGAAUAAAGUAAUUGUAACAUACCAA